CGGAGGGAGUUUAGAGGAUGGGUUCAUUACUCGACCUCGCCCGACAAACGAGGCAGGGGAUUUGGGCCUCGCUUACUGGAGGCUGGUAUCAUGAUUCUUAUCACAAGACAUUUACAAACACAGUUCAUCUCUAUCUCUGGCUGUUCUUCCUUUGCUUUCCUUUCUCUAUUCAUCUGUAUCUUCCUGCCGGAUCCUGGUUCACCUGGAUCUACAAUGGAUCCGUUUUCCUAGUUUUCCUGCUCAUCAAAUCCUUGAACAGGAUUCUUCAUACACUCUUCGAUACAGGAGAGGUUUAUCAGGUUAAUAUUAAAGAUAAUGCGAAAAGGUUUAUCAGGUUAAUAUUGAAGAUAUUACCUCUUCAUAUACUCUUCAAUACAGGAGAGGUUUAUCAGUUUGAUAUUGAAGAUAUUACAUCUUCACAUAAUCUUCAAUACAGAAGAGGUUUAUCAGGUUGA